GUGGGGGGGGGGGCUUGUACAUUCUACUCCAACCAGCUCAAACAUGUCCUGUCCUCAGUGUCUCAGAUGGUGAUUGAGGAGGUGUGCGUUCUGCAGACUCAGCUGGAGAUUGAAAAGUCGUGCCGGGAGAAUGCAGAGGCCGUGGCCACGGAGCUGAACUCUGAGAACAGGAAGUUAAAGUACAUGAGCCUGUCGCCUCGUCCGGGUUUGGACGAGAUGCUUCCGAGUAUCUCUGACUGCAUCGCCAUGGACGCAGACGCUGCAGACGGGAGUCCUGACACCUUCACACAGUACCAACUACAAGUUAGAGAACUGGGGGAAACAGUAAACACCUUAUUGGAGGAGAAGAAGGCUUUUGUUACUAGGAUACAUGAACAGCAGAGACGGAUAGAAGGGCUGACGUCUCAGUCUGAGAAAGAUCAAGCCGAGAUGAAGGAGCUCCGUGAGACUGUUGAGCAGCAACGUAAAACCAUCAAGAGAUUCAACAGAGUCUCCACCAUGGCGGCCCAGGAGUACGACGGGAUGAAGGACCAGCUGGACCUGGAGCAGAGCCUGAGAGUGACAGCUGAGACGUACGCUCACCAGAUGCUGGUGAGGCAGAAGGAGGCCAACAGGCAGAGCAUGCUGCUGCUGCAGAGCUCUGAGCCCAGUGUUCAGCUCCUUAAAGCUCUGGAGGACGUUGCCACCAUCACCAAGACGCUUGAGGAGGAGCGACUGCAGCACCGUCAGGAGGUGGAGGCUCUGGAGGCCCAGGUGGAGCAGAACUCUGUGAUGAAGCAGGUGGAGAAUCUGCAGAGGCAGCUGGAGCUGCUGGAGGUAGAGAAGAAGGAGGUGGAUGGACGACUGGAGAAAGCAGAGAAGAAGAACGAGGAGCUGGAGGGCCGAGUCCACAAUCUCCAGGAGACCAAGAAUGAGGUCACCAUGGAGACAAGCACGGCCCUCCCUCCCCCUGAACCUGGGCUCCCCCAACCUCUUGCCCCUCCCCCCCCACCUCCUCCUCCUCCCCCGCCUCCUCCACCACCUCCUCCCCCCUCCAGAUGCAACCCCCUCAGCUCUCUGAUCGCCAUCAUGAGGAAGACCUCCAAAGGCUCCAAGACCUUGGUGAAGGCCGAGCAGCCUGCAGCGGGCGAAGGCGACGACGUGAAGGCGAAGGCGGUGAACGAGAUGAUGGAGCGGAUCAAACAUGGCGUCGUACUGCGGCCCGUCAAGAGUCAGGAGAAGAAGCUGACCGCGGCACCCAAGGUCUAUUUCUUAUUUCAGAACUAACCUUAGCUCAAUCAC